AUGGGCAACACCCAUUGUGCCAGUUAUGAAAAAGACAAUGAUGUGCGGCUGUGCGGCGACUACAAGUUGACAGUAAACAAGGCUAUUUUGCCUGACGUUUACCCUCUACCUACUCCGGAAGACCUAUUCAGUUCACUCAGAGGAGGAAUUAUCUUCACAAAGUUAGAUCUCAGCCACGCCUACAAUCAGUUGGUUCUUAACGACGAGGCAAAGCAGUACCUGACUAUCAACACUCACAAAGGGUUGUUCCGCUGUAACAGGUUAAGUUUUGGUAUAAGUGCAGCAGUAGCAAUUUUUCAAAGGGAGAUGGAAAACUUGUUCAGAGGACUUCCAGGGGUGGCAGUAUAUCUAGAUGAUAUACUUGUCAAUGGUGAGUCGGCAGAGCAACACGACUCUAAUCUACGUUCAGUACUACAGAAGUUGUCAGAGUCGGGUUUGCGACUGAAGAGAGAGAAGUGUCACUUCCGGCUACCAGAAGUCAGGUAUUUGGGGUUUCGUGUAUCGGCUGAAGGCUUACAAGUAUUGGACGACCGUGUGCGGUAA